AUGGGGCAUGCCCACAUCUGGUCAGCGGAACGCUACUGUUUUGUGGGCUCAUCCCCUCAGCAGAAGGAAGGACGCCGACCUGGCUCCACUGCAGCAUUGCUCGAGUGGAACGUGAAGGGCCCAGUCAUCGGUUCCUCCAGCGAAGCCAAUCGCAGGCGCCAGCGUAGGAUCAAUCGUACCAUUAUCUUCCUCGUCAUCAUGAUCGGGGCUCUGUUGACGGUACUCACGUUGGUGCUCUCCGAAAAGAAAGGAACAUCAACCGACAGGAUUACCUGCUUGUCUACGUCGUGCCAGAGCUACGUGCGUUCUCUGGAGGCGUCAAUCAAUCCAGGUGCUGACCCCUGCGAGGACUUUUACAGUUUUGUCUGCUCCAGAUGGAUGCCUGUGACUGGAGGUCGUUCUUUCAUGGAUGACGCAAAGCUGGCCUUCAGGGACUCCGUAAUGGCAGCUGCAGAUACCUCCUUGGUGCCAACAGAAAAUCAAAACCCAUUUCAAAAAGCGGUGAUGUUUUACCAGAGUUGCAAGAGAAGACCUUACUACGGAGUAGAUCCGCUCCUGGCAGUCCUCAAAGACGUGGGUAUUCCGUGGCCCACAGUGAACGACAGCAUCGACCCUCUGGAAGCUCUCUUUUCUCUAGCUUUUGAUUGGCGAUGCCCUAUAUUUUUCGCGGCCCAUGUAUCCAGUGACAACCAGCCCAGAAGAAAGCUCAUCAUAUUCCGCACCUUUAUGGGCAUUGACUUCAAUGUGCUCCUCCACGAACACCUAUCUCGAGACGACAACGUACGUUAUGUCUGCAGGCUACACGCAAUCUUUAGUGAAACACUUGGGCAGAGAACGCGAAACCAAUACGCAAAUUCUACGCCUUCCUGCGAGCGUGUAUUUCCGGAUGGCGCCUACGAAAGUGUGAAUUACGCCUCCAUCGGGUCGCUAAUCGCAGGACAGCUCGUCACAGCUUGGGAUUUGAAGGGACGAACAAUUGACGCCAACGACCUCGAUCGGCAUUGGCUCACCGCCGCCGAAGAGGCCAGGCAAAAUGGCACCAUGGAAUGUCUCGUCGAAGCGUUCAAUGUGCGGAUACAAUUUCCCGGCGUCAGCGAACAUGCAAGACGCGUCUGCGAUGUACGUUAUGUGGGCCAGCCUGCAGCCGCUUUUUGA